ACCACCAUGUUCGUUCUUGCGAAACACUUGCUUCCUUCUGUUGCUGCAUGCCUCUUCAGUAGAGACCAGAGUACUGCCAAGUAAAGCUUGUACUCUUGUCUUUUCUUCUCCUCUCUUCUCUGAGCCCUCAAUUAAUUUCUUUUGGAGUUUACUGUGUUCUGCCAAGGUCAUCUGGUAAAGUCAUGGAUACAGAUGAGGAGUUGUCAAUUGUUCUCGAACUAUCUAAAGAUGACAUUUUCUAUGAUAAAAAGGAGAAAUUACUACAAAGUAAAGGUUUUAGUGCCAAGGAAGUAGUGUGUCUCCGGAGCUUUUCAGAGCCAGGUUGUAUGAGUGAUACUGUGAAAGUACUGGUUCAGAUUGCAAGAAUCAUACAUUUGAAUGAGGUGGAACUUUAUUUUGCUGAUGAUGCAAGUACAUUAGGGGAAUUUUACAGCCCUAGGAAUGAGUUAGAGGCUCUCAAUUCCAUCAUUUCCCUCAUUGACACAUUACUUUCUAGUUGUAAGCAUCCUCACACAAAUUUACUGCGAGAGUUGCGGACAACAAUUCUUGCCUUAAUUUCUGAUUUUGGGGGCAAGGACAGUUUGGAAGCAAAGGUCGAAAAAGACCACAGAUGUGAACAAGAAGAACAACUCUUAGAAUGGGGUAAAAGCAAUGGCAUAAAGACACAAUUAUGGAUAGCAUAUGUCAAAGGAGCAGGUCGAGGUGGCAUAGCAGAAAAGGAUCUUAAAGUUGGAGAUAUUGCUCUAGAAAUUCCAGUAUCCAUUAUCAUUAAUGAGGAGCUUGUGCAUGAAACUGAUAUGUACUGUGCCCUAAAGGAAGUUGAUGGCAUAUCACCUGAGACAAUAUUGCUAUUAUGGAGCAUGAAAGAGAGGCACAAUCAGGAUUCAAGAUUCAGAGCUUACUUUGACUCGCUCCCAGAAAACUUUAAUACUGGGUUGAGCUUUGGUAUUGAUGCAAUCACAACAUCAGAAGGAACCUUGCUCUUGGAAGAGAUAAUGGAAGCAAGACAGCAUCUUCAUGCUCAGUAUGAUCAAUUAUUCCCUACUCUGUGCAAUGCUUUUCCUGAUAUAUUUCCACUAAAGCUGUACACGUGGGAGCAAUUUCUAUGGGCCUGUGAACUCUGGUACUCAAAUAGUAUGAAGAUAAUGUUUUCUGAUGGGACUUUAAGGACGUGCUUAAUUCCUAUUGCUGGAUUUCUUAAUCAUUCGUUGUGCCCACACAUUCUGCACUAUGGCAAAGUAGAUCCUGCAACAAAUUCAUUGAAAUUUCCUCUUUCAAGACCAUGCAGAUCUGGAGAAGAAUGCUGUUUAAGCUAUGGGAACUUCUCUAAUUCUCAUCUCAUUACCUUUUAUGGUUUCUUACCACAAGGAGACAACCCAUAUGACGUCAUCCCACUUGACAUUGAUGCUUCUGGCGUUGGCUCCUUGGAGGAUGAACCCGUUUCCAGCUGGAGCAAUCACAUGGUGCGGGGUACUUGGCUCUCCAACAACCACAAUUUGUACUACUAUGGCCUCCCCUCCCCGCUGUUGGACCAUUUUCGAAGAUGUCGAAAUCCCAUGUUGCAUACAAAGACCUUUUUGCAAGGGGACUUGGAAAAUGAGCUGGAAAUUCUAGAAGAUCUCAGAUUUAUCUUCGAUAACAUGAUGGACAAUUUGGAUGACACAAAUCUUGAUGAUAACAGAGAAAACUGCAGUUGGGAUGAAAAAUUGGCACUGGAGUAUAAAAUUCUACAAAGACGAAUGGUCUCCUCUAUCUCAACUUCAUGCAAUACUGGCAUCGACGUGGUCAAGAAUGAACUGUAUAAGUGCAUGGCCGAGGACAUCCGAGGGUAGUUGAGUGGCCUGAACUGAAUCAAUGUGUCAUCCAUCCGUUCUCCCCAAAAGGUGCUUUUUUGAACUUUGUCUCUUUGAUGAACGAUGAAAACGAUCAUACAGCUUUGCUGUCAUUCGUCUGUGAUAAUUCGUUUUUGCCAACAAAACGAUCAUCACUUUGGCCGCAAAAGUAAUCCAAAUUUCGUUCUGAAUUCAGAAGGUUUCUCAAUUGGAAAAUUGAUUAGUUUGGACCAUCUAGAUUUGAACUAAAUGGCGCAUCAAGUGUCAUUUUCUGCCCAAGGUGGCUGAUUUUUAUUGGUGCAAGGGGAAACCAAAAUGAUGUGACUUUACUUAAGAAAUAUUCUAACAAAUAAAAAACAUAUUAGUCAGAGGAAGAACUCCGAUGAGAUAUCUUAUUCA